UAACAAUAUUUCUGUUUGCCUUGCCUGUUCAUGUCAUCAGCACAGUGGAUAUCGACAUAUAUCCCCAUAGCCAGAACACUAUAAAAUGAGCCACUUGGCCUGAGGAGUUUGCCUUUGCAAUCAGAUAUUACUUUGUUUAGAAUUAUCACUUCACAGUUUCUACUUAAUAAAAAGAUCCAUAAUUAAAUUGGAACUUCUUUUUCAUGGAAAUUCAAAAGAACUAGUGUACCAUUAUACUAGAAUAAGCUUUCAAAUCCCUUAAGGAGCUUUGGUUUGCAAUACCUGUUACUCAGCACUGGUUUUCUUUCUAAGGCAGACCUUUUCUUUAUUGACUGCUUGUUCACAAACCUCUGUAUUUGCUGCAUUUCCUGCACUAUUCAUGGUAUUGGCUGAAAGAAAACCAAGAUGUAAUAUAAAAAUGUUGCCACAAGAAUUGAAUACAUUGAUCCGGAGCUGCUUUAUUUCAGUAGAGAUAUAAAGCAGAUAAAUCAGGCUCAUUUUUUCACUUGAAAUACAGAAACUGCCUGAUGGUUUUAAUAAAAGUAUUUGAUUAAAAGACAUCUCUCCUUCUAAUCUGCUUUUUUAUCACCUUUUUUCAGGUUAGUCAUUUGGCACCUCUGCUGGGAGGUGAAUCCUUUUCCAGGUUUGUGGCAGAGCUGGGGGAAGCAAUGGGACGUGGGCAGGCUGGCGUGAGUUCACCCCAGAGUCCCAGUGCUAAGGAGGAGAUGCUCGUCACCUUGUGCUACGAGGUGAAUGGCUCCUGCUACAGGACCUUAUACCCCUUUGGAGUCCAGCUGGCCAUUUAUGUGGCCUGUGCCUUGGGCACACUGAUCACGUUGCUGGGGAACCUCCUUGUUGUCAUCAUCGUUUUCCAUUUCAAAGUCCUGCACACGCCCACCAACCUCCUGAUUCUCUCCCUUGCCCUUGCUGACCUCCUCCCGGGGCUGACUGUGCUUCCCUUCAGCACCAUUCGGUCUGUAGAGAGCUGCUAGUAUUUUGGAGAUGACUUCUGUAGGCUGCACACAUUUCUGGACACAGUCUUUUGCUUGACCUCCAUAUUUCAUCUGUGUUUCAUUUCCAUUGAUCGGUACUGUGCUAUCUGUGAACCUUUGCUCUACCCCACCAAGUUCACCAUCAAAGUGGUCUCCAUUUACAUUGGGGUGGGGUGGGCAGUGCCUAUGACUUACAGCUCUAUCCUCCUCUAUACUAAAGCUAUUGUAGAAGGACUGGACCAUUUCUUGAAAGACAUGCCCUGUAUUGGUAGUUGUCAGCUGCUGUUCAACAAGCUCUGGGGGUGGUUGAACUUCCCAGUAUUUUUCUUCCCUUGCAUAGUAAUGAUAGUUUUGUAUGUAAAAAUAUUUACUGUGGCUAACAAACAAGCCAGGCUGACAAACAACAUGAGUAAAAGUACUUUGUCUCAGCUACACGUGGGAGCAUCUAAGAGUGAAAGAAAGGCAGCAAAGGCUCUUGGGGUAGCUGUAGGAAUCUACCUCCUGUGUUGGUUUCCCUUUACUAUUGACACUAUGGUAGACAGUCUUCUGGAUUUCAUUACCCCCCCAGAUCUGUUUGACAUCCUAAUUUGGUUUGCUUACUUCAAUUCUGCCUGCAAUCCCUUGAUCUAUGUAUUUUCCUACCGCUGGUUCAGGAAAGCUGUAAAACUAGUCUUUUAACUCAUGGGAUCUUUUGCUCCAGAACAUCUAAGUAGACAUGUACCAGCAAUGACCAAAGCUUUCAUAUGCACUGUAGAAAAUAUUGUAGGCUAUUUCAUACAUAUAGAUUCUCAUGAAUAUUCUUCAACAUCCAUUUAGCUAGUAUUUCUUUUCUUAUUUUAUAACAUUUUUUAACAGUUGGCUCGGGCACAUCCGCAAUUUAAAUACACAUGCCAUUCUGUGACUCACCUUCCACAACACAUGGCAGACACACCUUAUUAAGGUCUUGCACUAUGUGAUUCCAACAAGCGUUUGAAAAUCAGCUGUAGCAAACUCCAAAGAAGACCUUGUCCACACUAUUCUUCAGUUACACCACUAUUUUUUACACUAUUUUUCUAGCCCAAGGGGUGCGCCCCUGUGCCAAUGGCUACAUAUGGGAGAUACUAUUCUGAAUUAUGUUUACUGAAACCCAUAGAAUGUGUGCCUGCUUGAUCUGUGUGUGCAAGGAGGACACUCCUUAACUAUGAACACCCUUUUCGCCUUGCUCUGUAUCUUUUCUACUCCUACUGCAUAAAGGCAGGGAGAAGAAAUGGGAAGAGGACAUGGAAUGCACAGCAUACCCCAACUCCAGAUACCAGUAGGUGUCAUGAUGUUUUAUGUUUUGUUCUUUUGUCUUCUUUUCCCUGACAAUCCUGAGACUCCACAUGCUCUUUUGUUUGCUUGCUUCCAAAGAAAUGAGUAUGUCUGCUUACAGACACAACAUAUGCCUACACACUUGGGUUGUGCAAAAAAUGCCAGCAUAGGUUCUCAGUUUACAUCAGCUAUCUUUAUAUGCUUUCACAAGGCCAAUUUUAAAUCUGUAGAUGCUGGUAAAUUGAGACCUCUGUUUAACAGCAAGCUGCAUGUUGAAGUUCUGUACUAUUCAUAAGAAAGUUAUUUUCUACCUCAUUAUUAUUAACAUUUUAUCAGAAAAAAAAAGUGCUAAGCAGUAGUGACUCUUCUAUACAAAAUUAACAAGCAGCCCAAUAGCAGCUCUAAUAAUUUUGUCUUCUUUUUCUGUUAAUGGUAUGUAAAACUGUUCUAGGUUUGAAAGUUGUUAAAAUAUUUAGUGCCUUCUAAAACAGCUCAUUCCAUCUCGUAGUCAGCUGCAUAUUUUCUGAGUGACAAACACAAAGAGAACAGACAACACAAAGCAUGCAACUAACAGUAAGAAACCAGCAGAUGCCCCAUGGCCUACUGAAAAAAGUGGAUAGUUUUUCACUGGGUGCUGCAGACAGUUGAAUCAGGCCCCACGUGUGUAAGAACAAAAGAGAGGAAUUGUGCAGCAGAUAUUCUGUGGGAAAUCAUUGCAAUACUGUGAUUCUUGUAGCAGCUGCCUGUUUUAAUGUAUGCAAUAAACUAAAUGGUAAAACCUUUUUCCCCUCUUUUUUAUCUUAUCAUUAUGCUUUUUGCAUGGCAAGAAAGUUUCCUCUACUAGUACAAACGAGCUAUAGCUUUGGGAUGUUGUAAUCUGUUCUGAUAUCUGUUUAUCUCAAACUCUUUGGUUUUAACCAUAAUCUUAAGACCCCAGUCAGAAAAAAUACCGGUAUUCAAAAUAUUUAACACUAAAGCAUAUGUAUGGAGGAAGGAGAUGAGAAAGAGGGCCUGUGUUAUUUUCAGGGGUGUCCUGAAUAGAAAGUGACUGUAAAAUGUUGGUGUUUUUAAACUGGGACCUUUAUGAAGCCUUAUGUCUGGAGUUGGAGUGUCACGCAGUCCCACUUCACUCUCUCAGUGUCCAGUUUGCUGUAUUAAUCUUCACUGCUUCUUAGGACAAAAGCCACGGCUACUUCUGCUGUUCCUCUGUUUGCUCAUGCUGUAGCAGAAGGCAAAAAUCUGACCCUUACUUCAUAUAGCUGUAGAUUUUUGACAAUAAAGGUACCAAACCCAAGCAACCAGGCUAAAGAGUGAAAGGCAGGAUCGGAUUCUUAGAAAAAUUCAGGUCCUAAAUUACUAUAGAAACAUAUAGGGAAGCUGUGGUACAUCUUGAAAGACCUGGACUGUGGGACGAGUUUUUAGAUUAAGACUCUUAAAUUUAAUGUGAUGGGUAGGUGUUUAUAAUUAUGGUAAAAGCCUAUGCACUGAUGAUAGCAUAGCCAGAAUGUCUUUCCAAGCUCAGGCUGUAGUUAGUGAAUACUAACAGGAUAUGAAUCAUUUGUCUAGUGACACCUAAGAUGCCUUAGGCAACCUGCUACAUCUACAUGGGAUAGCAUCCAGCACCAAUGAAGCAGCAUUUAGACAGGGCACAUCUGGGAAUCUAAAAUUGCACUAGAUAUUCAGCUGUGGGGCACUGAGCUUAAACAAGGCAUGUAAUAGAAGUUUAGACAUUUAGCUAUAUAGAAAUCUGCAAGUCUCAAAUUCAGUCAGGUUGUAGGAGCACCUUAACAACAUCUUUCAAUAAUGCCUUUUGCUCUGAACUCACUGCAGCCAAAGCAAUAGAGAAAGUGAACUUCCACUGAGUUUCUAGUUGUUUUUUGAUAUAUUUUCUAUGGGUCUUCAACAGAUCACAGAGGGUAUUUGCCAUGAACACACUUAACUGGCCACUUCUUUUUGAGCCUCACCAUAUAAUAUGUCUUUAUAGUUUUCUUCUGUUGAAGUGGAUGAGCCUUAUUCUCCUGAUGGGUUACCACCACCUAUGCCACUGUACAAGGACUAUGCCAUAACACCGUGUGAUUGUUGCUACAUCUCCUUUUUGGCUAAACAGCAGGCAGGAAUUACGGAGAAAGGCAAAAACAGAGCCCAGAGGACUGAUUUGUACAGUGACAGUGGCAGAGCAAGCAAGUGAGAAGGAAAAGCUGCUAAAACUCUGGAAGUAGCCAGGAUUGCUUUCCCCAUUUUCUGACACCACAUUUCACAACUAUCACUAAACAAUAUAUUCAGCAUCCUUAUAACUCCCAAUCUGCCCUUGCUUUUGAUGUCUAUUUGGUUUAUCUAUCCAAAUUCUGUUAGGAUCCCUUUGAAUGAUUGUUUGUUUUUUUCUUCUCCAUGGUUUCAAAAAGCAAUGAAGAUAAUUAUGAAUUAUAAAAUGAAAACAAGGAGGUGCUGUAAGAUGAUGAAGAUUAAUUGUUCAACAAUGACCUCAUUUUCCAAAUGAAAACCGAUCAGAUUGUAUCAGAGCUAGUUGCUGACCUCAAAGUCCAUAAAUACUCUUAUUUUUAAUAUAUUUCCUUCUGUGGACCUGUAUUUCUUCAUCUGAACAAUAUUUCACCAUUUAACUGUAUGUCAUUUAUAACUCUUUGUAAUUUCAAAAUGGUCUGGCUGAAGUUAGAAAGAUUAUGUAUUUGUAGGCAGUACUUAAUUAAAGACUGGGCUUUGAAACAAUAAUGUCAUCUCAUUUCAUUAUGAAAGUAUAAUACAGUCUUUGAAACUUAAAGGAAGUUUCCUGGGUUGGUUGUUUUUUAUUGUUUUU